AUGGCGAAGGAGUUCACGGAGGCCCUGCUCGGCGCGGCGGAGACGGAGCUGUCUGAGGAACCCCGGAGGCGGCGCACCACGGAAUGGAACAUGACCACCGCGGCACGGACAGCCCUGGCGACCGCCCUUGACAAGCGACGGGCUGCGCGACAUUCCUUCAAGGCCGGACCGAACGCAGCAACGUGGAGGAUCCUCAAAGCAACGUGCAAGGGGGUGAAGGCAACAAUCGCAACGAGCAUCUACGACCACCUGGAAAGAUACGUGACGGAGCUCGAAGCGAUCUACCAGGACCGCGACAUGCGGGGGCUGUACCAACACCUCAAGCGGUCAACGGGCCUCAGCGGGAGACAAGCUGGGGGGCAGCAGUUCGUUACAGACGAGAACGGCGUGCUACUCCGGAACAAGGAUGCCAUCCUCAAGCGGUGGCGGAGAUUCUUCAAUACCCUCCUGAACUCCAAGUCCCCCACUCUGAACCCAGACGUUGUCGAACAGGUGAUGCAGCGACCAGCGACGCGCGCCACCCGACACCUGGCGGCGGUACCAGACCUCGAGGAGGUUGAGGCGGCGACGAAAGGCCUGGGGAACUGGAAGGCGGUUGGUCCCGACCUCCUUGCCGCCGAACUGCUCAAGGUCGACGGCGACGACGAGCCAGUUGUACUGGAGCGCCUCCGUGCCAUCUUCGUCGAAGUGUGGAAUGGGGGAGAGAUGCCGCAGGAGUGGAAGGAUGCCAUCAUUAAGGUGCUGUACAAGAAGGGUGACCGUUCGAACUGCAACAACUACAGGGGCAUCUCGCUGCUCUCGCAUGUAGGCAAAGUACUCGCCAAGACCAUCACCAACCGCCUGAGCGCAUUCUGCGAAGCCAACGAAAUCCUCCCGGAGGAACAGUGCGGGUUCCGGCCUGGCCGAUCCACGGUAUGCAUGCUGUUCGUUGUGCGCCGACUCCAGGAGCUGGGGCGGAGGAGGAGAAUCCCGCUCUACAUGUGCUUCAUCGAUCUGCAGAAGGCAUAUGACUCGGUGGACCGGGAGCUACUGUGGAAGGUGCUGGCCCGGGCCGGGAUCCCCGGGGAGAUGAUCGCCGUCAUCCGCAAGUUCCACGUCGGAAUGCGGGCCCGGGUCCGCACGGACGAUGGGGAGCUAUCGGACUGGUUCCCGGUCACGCAGGGAUUACGACAAGGGUGCUCAAUGUCCCCACUGCUGUUCAACGUCUUCUUCGCAGCGCCUCUCGAGAUCAUUGUCACACGGUUCAGCCAAGAUGAGGUUAUCGUGCGGGACCUAGUGUACUUGAAGGAGGAGGAACGGAGGGGGGGGGGAUUGCUGGACCGAGUCCGGAGGGCGGUGUGGGGGAUGCUAUAUGCCGACGAUGCCGGCGUUGUGUCGAAGUCCGCCGACGGCCUGGCGAGGAUGAUGACCAUUAUCGUGGAGGUGUUCCGGGAGUUCGGGCUGACGGUGUCGGAGAGGAAGACGGAGACCCUGGUGAUGCGGGUGAAGGAGAGACAGCGACCGCCGCCGCCGCCACCGCCGGUGCUGACCAUCGAAGCAGCGGGGCAAAGGUACGCACAGACGACCGAGUUCCGAUACCUGGGCGGCCUCGUCAACGAGCAGGGCGACCUUACCCGAGAGAUCAACCACAGGAGCAAAGCAGCGUGGGCGUGCAUUAAGCGAUACGCCACGGAGCUCUUCGACCGACCGGGAGCACCGUUUCGCCUCAAAGCCCGCCUGCUCCAGGCGGAGGCAGUGGAGGCACUGCUAUACGGCUGCAUGACAUGGUCCCCACGCCGCAACCACUACGGAAUGCUGCAGACGACACACCACCGGCUACUCCUGCGAGUCAUCGGCUACCGGCGCAAACGAGGCACCUACCGGCAGCUGUCAUACGCCCAGGCGCUAAAGAGGGUCGGCUGCCAGAGCGUGGAGGCCACUGUCCGUCAACGGCGCCUGCUCUUUGCGGGGGCCGUGGCAAGACAGCCGGACGGGCGGCUUCCGAAACGGCUGAUGUUCGGCGAGUUGGUGGGAGGGGAGGACCCGGGCCGGGGAAACCCGGAGCAGAACUGGCUGACAUGCCUGAAGGACGACAUGAAGAUGUUCGAAGCCAGGUACGGCUCCACGACCGACAAGCCGAGCGUCUUCGGAGUCCCGAAGUUAGUCUGGAGUGAGGCGGCGAAGGUGGAGGGGGGGGUACCGUGGCACGCGGGGGUGCUACAGGGAGCUGAGAGGUUCAUGGCCUCUUGGCACAAGGGCAAGGAGGAGGCCAGCCGACAACGAGCCAUCAAACGAGGAGACAGCGGGCCCAAAAAUAGUCUAGAUACGGCACCAAUCAACGGGGCGGUAGGGGGGCGGAAGGAAACGGCGCGGCGGGAAGAAAGCAAGCGAGAAGAGACCGACCGCGUGACGUGA